AUGAAGCAAGGGACCAAACACCUCGCUGGCUUGGCUGCAAAUCAUCGAUAUAACUAUCGCAAUGACCACAUCCGACUAGGUCUGCGUAGGGCUGUGCACGAAAAAGGCAGGAACAAGACGAACAACCAUCGACAGCAGAAAGCGCAACGAACCGCACUCAUGCUUUCGAUCUUCCCCCUCCUAGCAGUUCUGCUAGCUGCAGCAGCAACUCCAGCAGCCGCCUGCUACUGCAUUCCCCCCGCCCACUCACUCAUCUCACUUUUCCUGUCCCUCGUCGAUAGGCGCCGUAGGGGUGACCUUGUUUCUAUCCUGCGAAAGCUUUUUUAUCACGUCCGACAUCUCCCGCAGCAGCUCAUUCGUGUGUAG